UGGCCUGUUGAUAUAUUGAAAACGACAUUUAAAAAACUAUCAUAAUCCAAUUCUGUGCACUUGACGAGAAAGUGUUUAAAAGUAAUCCUUUGUUUUCGUUCUAAACACUCUAAAUUUAAACGGUAAUAAGACAUCGAUUGCUCCCCAUGUAUGAAAUCACUUAACGUGCGCCGUGAAAUGACUGCAUCCAUUGCGAUUUGUGUACAGAUCCCUUAUUGGAACUGAUCGGAAAAGGGGCGGGGUAAUUCGCCCGUGUACAAAUAUACUCCAGAAGUGUGCGCUUGAUACGAGAUGUGUAAAUCGCUAGUGUGAAAAAAAGACGACAUUUGAGAGAGAUAUGGAAUUUGUGUUGCGAUGCCACCAUUGCAUGGUGGCAAUGUCCGGAAGACGUCGAUUUCUCUGACUGUAUAGUGAAUACGUCAGUUCGUCCGCGGACAUACAUAACAUCACUUUGUGUGCUACACACGUACGAAAUAAUUUUGUGUACAUUUUGUUUUUGGAUAUUAUCGGCGAGGUGAGACUUUACUUUCGAUACAAGUUACAAAGCUGCUCAUUUAGUAGAGCCUGUGUUAAUUAAGACUUUGUCACGGUCCACAUUGCCAAGAACAGCUCUGCUACAGAAAGCUAGUCUAUUAUAUCAGUCGUCUAACUAUGAACUAGCUCUGGUCUACUACAGUAGGGGACACAAGCAUUAUCCCAAAAACAAGGACUUCAUCAUCGGGAAAGAAAAGGCUGAGAUGGGAAUUAACAAGGGACGGAAAAGCCGAGGGCGACGCAUGAAACUAACAGAGGCUGGGGACCUGACCUACUUAGUCCAUAAAGUGCCACAGACUCAACCGUUCAUUUGGAAGAAACCGUCGUCCAAGACAGAAAACACACAGGUCCCCAGCGCCACCUUCAACACACGGCCACUCUGUCAACUUAUCCGGAUCCACAAGACGCCAUCAGUGACCUUGACCCAGGCGGGGGCCUUGCAUCAUGUAAACGAAGACGACAGCGCCGUACUAAACUAUGACGAAAAACGACCGAAGAGUCGCGUUGUCAAGACAACCAUGGGAAAGUUAUACAAAGACAAGAAAUAUCUGCAAAAUCUGGUGGAGGAUGGCAAAUUUCCAGCUGUCAUGGGUAGCGCAGGAAGUCCAGUGGGAGAUAUGGCAGAAGAUGGACUUAACUUCCUGUUGGAUCGCGCGUCGUACUGGGAUAGGUUAGGCCCACUUCCACCGCCGCCGCCUGCGCGACGAUUUCGAAGUCGCUUCAGCGGGAGUACUUUGUCGGUUGAUUCCAUGGACAGUUACAAAUCGACGGACACCAAGGCUUCGUGGAAAUCCACAGAUUCCGUGAAAACCUUCAAAAGCAACAAGUCGGGGGCCUCCAGGUAUUCUUACGGUAGUAAAACGGAAAAGUCUAGUCCCAAACCAGAUCCCAGCAAACUGGUGUUCAAAUUUCCGUCCAUUGGACUGUUUGAUGAGUUUCAUCAGAGGAUGAUGACGGAAAUCGCGGAGGAACAGGAAACGGAAAGUACUGAGAACGAAGUCGAAACUUAUCAAAGCCAAGUGGAGGCGGCGAAGAAAUCCCUGAAGCAGUACAUGAAGAAAGAAAUGGACGCCAUCGACGAAGAUUUCAGAUCAAACAAAUUUCGAAAUGUCCAGGAUCGAUGCGAGGUAUGUUUAGAACUUCUGGAACGUUACGAGGAAUCUGAAAUCCCGGAUAAGUUUGAGAUGAUUGCAAAUCUAUACAGUUACCUUGGUAAUGCGGCAAUGCAGCUCGGAAACCUGGAUUUAGCACUCAAGUAUCACCAAAUGGAUCUCACCAUAGGAGACCAACUGGACAUGAAAAAUAUUCGAUACAGAGCACUUGGAAAUACGGGACGAGUUUUCAUGAUGAAGGGAAAACAUAGCAAAGCUCUCGAUAUGUUUACAAGAAAAGCCCCUCUCUGUAACACACCACGAGAGACAGCAUCACUAUUCCACGAGAUUGGUAAUUGUUUUCUAAUGCUGAACAACUUCCACAGCGCCCGAGAAUCUGGAAGUAAGUCCCUGAAAGCCGCAGAGGAAGCCGGGAACGUGCAACAACAGCUUCAAGCAUGCGUACUUGUGGGUUUGGCUGAAGUUAACAUGAAGAAGUAUGAGAAAGCGCACGGAUCCUUUGAGAGAGCAUAUGACCAUGCAAAAUCACUGGGUGACGAAAGAGCGGAACUGGCCAUGAAGAAAGCCUUGGUUGACGUCAACAGAAAGAUUGCGCUCAAGUUAAAGAAAACCAACAGUUCUCAAGAAAAAGUCGUGCAAUCAUACCCCGAAUCUGACGUCAGCACUGCCAGAACGUCCGUCAUGGUCGAGUGAGUGUGUACUGAAGCUGUGCGAGAUGUCCAACUUCCUGUGGUUGAGGAAAUGACUGUUCAUAUGUCACAAGAAUUGACCAAGUGACUGUCUAUAAACCAAGUCGCCAUAUUUUUAAAGGAUUCUUUUAAGUUUUGACGUCAUAUAGUUUAUUGUGUCUAAAUGCUGUAUCGGCAGCGGUGAGAGUACAGUUAAACAGUUGCAUCACGUGUGUGCGCAUAUACAUGUAUAUCUGUAUAAACUAAUCAUUUGAUAGCACGUCAGCAAGUGCUCGUUGUACAAGCAUGAGUUACUUAGUCUACAAUGGAGUGAAUUCAGUAUUAUACAAUAUUAUGAAUAUCAUCCUGUGUUAUCAAACAAAUACCAAUAUCAACAAUAUUGUAUACAUUUCUCUAUAAUCAGUAUUUUAAGUCACGUUCUCAUAUUAGCACCAUUUGAGUGUACUCAUUUAUAUACAUUAUCAUCUUUUGAGUGUACUCGUUUAUAUAUAUAUAUUAUCACCUUUUGAGUGUACUCGUGUAUAUACAUUAUCAUAUCAGCACCUUUUGAGUGUACUCGUUUAUAUAUCAUCAUAUCAGCACCUUUUGAGUGUACUCGUGUAUAUACAUUAUCAUAUCAGCACCUUUAGAGUGUACUCAUUUAUAUACAUUAUCAUAUCAGCACCUUUUGAGUGUACUCGUGUAUAUACAUUAUCAUAUCAGCACCUUUUGAGUGUACUCGUUUAUAUAUCAUCAUAUCAGCACCUUUUGAGUGUACUCGUGUAUAUACAUUAUCAUAUCAGCACCUUUAGAGUGUACUCAUUUAUAUACAUUAUCAUAUCAGCACCUUUUGAGUGUACUCGUGUAUAUACAUUAUCAUAUCAGCACCUUUUGAGUGUACUCGUGUAUAUACAUUAUCAUAUCAGCACCUUUUGAGCAUACUCAUUUAUAUAUCAGCAGCUUUCGAGUGUAUUCGUGUAUAUUCAUUAUGACAGAUACGGUAUUAUUAUGCAGUAUGAAUACAUGACCACUCUCAGUCGUGUAUUUUUUAAAGCAACAAAAUGUACACUGAAAUGUAAAAUUGUUAUAGCAUAUUAUUUAUCAAUAUUUAAAUAUAAAAUUAAAUGGAAAAAAAAAUCGCGUGAUUGCGUUUUUCUU